ACUAUGCUGAAGUAAAUGUAAUCGAGCCUUCCUUAAUAUCAUUAGCAAGGUGGGCUCAUGAAACAUCAGGACACAUGGGAACAGAGAAAACAUAUCAAUGGUGUCAUCAGCGAUGUAUUCCAGUCACUAUUGAUAUUGUUAAACAAAUAGUGAAUAAUUGCUCCACAUGUACAGAAGUAAAACAAUGGCCCCUACAGAAGAAGGCAACUGGUAAACUGAAGAGAGGAAUGGGACCAGGACAAAUUUGGCAGGUGGAUUACAUUGGGCCACUGCCACGAGAAAAUAGACUAUUAUAUGCUUUAACUGCAGUAGAUACCUAUUCUGGACUGUUACAAGCUUAUCCAUCAACAAGAGCUGACCAGAAAGCUACACUGAAUGGACUGAGCCAGUUAAUCCAAGCAUAUGGAGUGCCUGAAGAAAUCCAAAGUGAUCAAGGAAGCCACUUUGCUGGAAGAGACGUACAAGAGUGGGCUCAAGGAGCUGGCAUUCAAUGGACUCUGCAUAUCCCUUAUCACCCACAGGCUGCAGGACUUAUUGAGAGAAUGAAUGGCCUGUUGAAAGAACAAGUUAAAAAACUUACUGGGCAUAAUCAUCUUAAAGGCUGGACUAAAGUGUUAAAGCAAGCCUUAUUUAAUCUCAAUAAUCGUCCGUUGGCUGGGUCCACACCUUUUAUGAGACAUCAAAAUGUCGGAGGAGAGCCACCUGUGUGUGCCCUCCGCCUGACAACAAUUAGUCCACUGGCAAACAAUGAAUUAACUCCCACAGGGUUAUUGGUUAGGGCACCUAAAUCACUUACACUCAAAUUAAAUUCCUCAGACAAACUCAGCUUGGGUAUAACAGGUCAGUGGCCAAAGGAAUGGGAGGUGAGAAUAAACAUUGAAAUGCUUGUAACAGAUGAAUGUUUAACAGGGACAUUAGAGAUCUGUGUAAAUGAAUGGUAUUUAGCUUUAGAAAAUCAAGGCAGUAAAGACAUACACAUAGCUGAAGGACAGGCCAUAUGUAAAUUGCACAUAGACAAAGUCACACCUGUUUCAGUCAGUAUUGCGCAGUUUAAAGGAGAAAUUGGAGGGAAGGUAUGGGUUUUAACCCAGGGCAAAAGCCAAGGGCAGGAGAAAUAAUAACUGCAGGACCA